GCUGUUUGGAACCAUGACUGAAGAUGACGGAUACUGUUGUCGUGGAGGGACAAGUCAAAUUCAGAGAUGGAAAAAAGUGGAAGAGUAGGUGGGUCGCGCUCCGAAAGCCUUCGCCAGUAGCUGACUGCCUGUUGCUGCUGGCGUACAAAGACAAGGCGGACAAAGCCAAAGGCCACAAGGAGAGGAGCAGCGUCACUUUGGAGGACAUCUGCGGCCUCGAGCCCGUGCUGUCCUAUGAGGGCAUCACCUACACCCUGGCCAUCCUGUGCCAGACGCAGGCCGUGAUGCUGGGGUUCGAGAGCAGGGACACUCUGCUGGCCUGGGAUGCCCGGAUCCGUUACAGCCUCGGGGAAGUGCACCGGUUCAGUGUGGGCGUCCUGCCUGGCACCAAGCUGGAGAGUGGCCCGGCCACCCUGCACCUCUGCAAUAACCUGCUGGGCAUCGCCCGGGACCUCCCCCCGGUCAUCCUCGCCCAAUGGAAGCUCUCUGACCUGCGCCGAUACGGGGCCGUGCCCAACGGCUUCGUCUUCGAGGGAGGCACGCGCUGCGGCUACUGGGCUGGGGUCUUCUUUCUGUCCUGCGUGGAAGGGGAGCAGAUCAGCUUUCUGUUCGACUGCAUCGUCCGAGGCAUCUCGCCCACCAGGGGGCCGUUCGGACUGCGCCCGGCCCUGCCAGACCCCAGUGCUGACCCGGUGUACAUGGAGGAGCGGCUGAACCAGGAGGCCCUGGAGCUGGAGAAACGUCUGAGUCUGCUGUCCCACUGCAGCCGGCAGAGCAGCGCAGCUUCCACAUACAGCUACAGCACUUCGGCGGCAGGGGAUGACCGCAGCAUCUCCAGCUCCUCCUCUGAGGCCAGCCACUCAGACACCAGUAUAGGGAGUCGCCUCACCAUGUGGGCGGAGCCUGUGAGCAGCCCCGCCCCUGUGGAGCCUGUGAGCCCAUCCACAGUCAAAGGCACGCUGCAAAGUGAGGAGAAGCUGUAUGCUGCGGUGGCGGGCGGAGCCAGGCCUCCAUCAAAGCCCCCCCGCUCCAGGAGGCUGCAGGAGAUUGGCCGCCAGAGCUCCUCGGACAGCGGCAUCGCCACGGGGAGCCACUCCUCGUAUUCCGGAAGCUUCUCCUCUUACGCGGGGAGCAUCGACACCUCUCAGGGGGACGAGUUCGGGUCCCUGGUCAGCCUGCCUCUGAACCUCGCCUCCGACUACGCCCCGUGCACCUGCCCGCCCUCUGAGCCCCCUCGGGGCACGGGAUCCGAGUACCAGGUACCCAGCUCGCUCAAGCACCUCUAUGACACGCCCAGGAGCCUGUUCCCGGGCACGCCUCCCAAGGACCAGGUCUCCUCCUAUCCCCUCCUGGCUUCAGGGGCUGACCUCAAGGGAGCCUCCCCUUUGUCGAGCUCAGCCUGGUGUCAGGAGCUGAGCGGAGCGUUAGGCGAGGCGGGCACGGACCCUAUUCCAAAGUGGACGGCCCCGCAGAGGCAGGGCCAGGCGCUGGACUCCCGGAGCGGCGAGACGGCGCCCUCUGUUGGCGGCUCCGCUGACCCCUGCGAGAUCUGCAGCCCCCAGCCUGGGAUUUCAAGUGGCCUCUCAGCAGAGGGGAGCAGGUGCAAGGAGGGAGGGAACGGCCAGCCAGACGUGGCGACAGUGGCGGCCACACGUCCGCUCUCGAACAUCGAGGACAGCAGCCUGUGGGAUGUUCUGAGCAGAUACAGCACCGGACGCAAGACGCUGUCCUGGAGAGAGGACAGGUCAGUACCUAAGAAGACCAAUAUGGAGAGGGAGGACCGGGAGGUCAGUGGCCACUCAGCAACAGAAGAUGACAAAAAGCCCAAGAGAAAGGAGGAGAAGUGCAGAGCAGAUAUCGCAUAUGAGAUCAUGGAAGGACGAGGGGUGGAGAAGGCCUCAGAGGCGGAAGAGAGAAGCAGGAGCUUGGAGCUGACAGGCGGCCGUGGGCAGCAGAAGGUCUUCGGUGAGGCAGAAGAUCCUAAAGGGAGCUAUGAGCUGAUGGUGUCCACUGUUGACGUGCCGAAGAGAUUUGAACCCGCGCCAGGGGAAUAUGGGGCCGCCUUUGUGUUCCCGGCCGAGGCGUUGGCGUUGGCGGCGGCGCCAGACAGGCCCCGCGGCGACGGGGUGACCUACGUUAAUAUUCCCGUCAGCCCCACCUCCAAAAAGCAGCUCCACUACAUGGAGCUGGAGCUGCAGGAGCCUGGAUCGGGAGUCAGAGGUAACGCUAUCCACCUGCGUAGACAUAGAGGGGGCUCAACUAAAUACGCGCAGAUAGACAUCACGGCCACGGAGACGGCACACAGGGUGGGGACCCAGCAUGCACAGGGGCGCGAGGAGAGGCUACAGGAGCUGGAGCAGAAGAGGAAGGGGGCCCAGCCGUGACACGCCCGCUCACCCAGAAUGCCUUUCCCCCAGCACCGGACCCCAAGCGACAGUAACGGUCCUCGAGCCCCC